AUGAACGCGCCUAUCUACGCCGCGCUUCUCUGGGUCGCCUCCGCGAGGGCGGAGCAGUUCCUCGUUCAGAACAUGUAUGCGUCCAGCGACUGUAACCCAGGGAUGAUAAAGCGGACACACAUCGCGCUUGUAGUGGGUCCGUGUGUGGAUAUGGGCGCGGAACAUGCCAUGGUAGAGAUCUUGGGGAACUCAAGUGCUACCAUUUCUUUCUUCGACAACCCCAACUUAACUUGCUCUGCCGUCCCGGUGCGCAAUGAGACUUACCUUCUGAAUCAGUGCGACAACGUCACCAGCACCACCGAUCAUCUUUG